GGACGGCGUGAGUGAGCGUAGCGGCCGCGAGCCUGAGCGCGUGUCCGCCUGUCUUCCUCCUGUUCUUCGUUCAGUGAAGCCCCGGUCUUCCCGCCUGUUAUCUGGACAGAGUCCGGUACGGGAGUCUCGUCUCCGUCUCACUCUCACGGCGUUGGAAGGUUCCAGUCAGGGGAGCGAGGUGCACGCGGAGAGGCCUCCUUCCUCCCCUCCCCCUCUUCUCCUCACACCCCUCCCUCCCCCUCUCCUGAGAGCCGCCCCUACACACCGGGCGCCGGAUACAUGAAGGGGGAGCUCGCCCUCCUGUGCUGGAGAGGCCGCUAGAGGAGCGCGGAAGAGGCACCGACACCGCCGCCACCACCACCGUCCCCUCCACCUCCGGCACCACCUGGAAGAAUGGACUUCCCUUCUACAGGACAGAUCAAAGCCGCCGAGAGCAGGGUCGUCAUCUACCCGCCCGGGGUCAAGGAGAUCUCCGACAAGAUCACUAACGAUGAGGUGGUCAAGAGGCUCAAAAUGGUGGUUAAAACUUUUAUGGAUAUGGACCAGGAUUCAGAAGAUGAGAAACAGCAAUAUCUCCCUUUAGCCCUGCACCUUUCAUCUGAAUUCUUCCUCAGGAAUCCUAACAAAGAUGUUCGUCUGUUAGUAGCCUGCUGUCUGGCUGAUAUCUUCAGAAUAUAUGCACCAGAAGCCCCAUAUACAUCUCAUGAUAAAUUAAAGGACAUAUUCUUGUUUAUAACAAGACAACUGAAAGGUCUGGAAGACACAAAAAGCCCUCAGUUCAAUAGAUAUUUUUAUCUGUUAGAGAAUUUGGCAUGGGUCAAAUCCUACAACAUUUGUUUUGAAUUGGAGGAUUGCAAUGAAAUAUUUAUUCAACUCUUUAAAACUCUGUUCUCGGUAAUUAACAGUUUGACAAUCAGACCAAGAGAAAUCACAUUUAUCGUCACAACAGCCAGAACCCUGGCACAGGCUGACAAAAACACAGAAUGUAACAGCCACAACCAGAAAGUUCAAAUGCACAUGUUGGAUUUAAUGAGCUCAAUAACCAUGGAGGGAGAUGGAGUUACACAAGAACUGCUGGAUUCUAUCCUCAUUAAUCUCAUCCCUGCUCACAAGAAUCUUAACAAGCAAGCAUUUGACCUUGCCAAAGUACUUUUAAAGAGGACUGUUCAAACAAUUGAGCCUUGUAUUGCAAAUUUUUUUAACCAGGUAUUGGUGCUGGGAAAAUCAUCUGUUAGUGACUUGUCAGAGCAUGUCUUUGACCUCAUUCAGGAGCUUUUUGCAAUAGAUCCGAACUUGCUGGUUUCUGUGAUGCCACAGCUGGAAUUCAAACUGAAGAGUAAUGAUGGGGAAGAACGAUUGGCGGUUGUAAAGCUUCUCGCAAAGCUGUUUGGUUCUAAGGACUCCGACCUGGCCAAUCAAAACCGACCUCUUUGGCAGUGUUUUCUGGGGCGGUUUAAUGAUAUCCACGUUCCUGUGAGAUUGGAAAGUGUCAAAUUUGCAAGCCACUGCUUAAUGAACCAUCCAGAUUUGGCUAAAGAUCUUACAGAGUUCCUGAAGGUGAGGUCGCACGAUCCCGAAGAAGCAAUCCGGCAUGAUGUUAUAGUAACUAUAAUAACUGCUGGGAAGAAAGACCUUUGUCUAGUAAAUGACCAGCUACUUGGGUUUGUACGUGAGAGAACAUUGGAUAAAAGGUGGAGAGUAAGGAAAGAAGCAAUGAUGGGUCUUGCCCAACUAUAUAAGAAAUACUGCCUGCAUGCUGAAGCUGGGAAGGAAGCUGCAGAGAAAGUUAACUGGAUAAAGGAUAAACUUCUGCACAUUUACUAUCAAAACAGCAUUGAUGACAAGUUACUUGUAGAGAAAAUCUUUGCUCAGUACAUAGUUCCUCACAAUCUGGAAACAGAAGAAAGAAUGAAAUGUCUCUAUUAUUUGUAUGCAAGCCUGGACCCUAAUGCUGUAAAGGCACUAAAUGAAAUGUGGAAGUGUCAGAAUAUGCUGAGAAGCCAUGUCCGGGAGUUAUUAGACUUGCACAAACAGCCACCUUCAGAAGCGAACAACACAGCCAUGUUAGGGAAAUUGAUGACUAUAGCAAAGAAUUUACCAGAUCCAGGAAAAGCACAAGAUUUUGUCAAGAAAUUUAAUCAGGUUUUGGGAGAUGAUGAGAAAUUGAGGUCUCAGCUAGAGAUGCUCAUAAGCCCAACAUGCUCCUGUAAACAAGCUGAUGUUUGUGUGAGGGAAAUUGCCCGGAAACUUGCUAAUCCAAAGCAACCUACAAACCCCUUUUUAGAAAUGGUAAAAUUCUUAUUAGAAAGAAUUGCCCCAGUACAUAUAGAUUCAGAGGCUAUCAGUGCAUUGGUGAAACUGAUGAAUAAAUCUAUUGAGGGUACAAUAGAUGAUGAAGAGGAGGGUGUGAGUCCUGAUUCUGCAAUAAGAGCAGGAUUAGAAUUGCUAAAGGUGUUGUCCUUCACCCACCCGACUGCAUUCCACUCUUCAGAGACCUAUGAAUCAUUACUUCAGUGCCUUCGCAUGGAUGACGAUAAAGUGGCAGAGGCAGCAAUCCAGAUAUUUCGCAAUACUGGGCACAGGAUUGAAAUCGAUUUACCACAGAUACGAUCGGCACUUAUUCCAGUUUUGCAUCAAAAGGCCAAGAGGGGUACACCGCAUCAAGCUAAGCAGGCAAUACAUUGUAUCCAUGCUAUCUUCUCCAAUAAAGAAGUGCAACUGGCCCAGAUAUUUGAGCCUCUCAGCCGAAGUCUUAAUGCAGAUGUACCUGAACAGCUAGUAACUCCUCUAGUAUCACUGGGUCAUAUUUCCAUGCUGGCUCCUGAUCAGUUUGCAUCUCCAAUGAAGUCUGUUGUGGCAAAUUUUAUUGUGAAAGAUCUUCUAAUGAAUGAUCGGUCAACUGGAGACAAAAAUGGCAAACUCUGGUCCCCAGAUGAAGAAGUUUCACCAGAAGUUUUGGCUAAGGUACAAGCCAUAAAACUACUGGUCCGCUGGCUACUGGGGAUGAAGAACAAUCUGUCCAAGUCGGCCAACUCCACCUUGAGAUUGUUGUCUGCCAUGUUGGUCAGCGAAGGAGACUUGACAGAGCAUAAGAGAAUUAGUAAGUCUGAUAUGUCGCGUCUGAGAUUAGCAGCUGGUGGAGCCAUCAUGAAGCUGGCCCAGGAGCCAUGUUACCAUGAAAUUAUUACUCCAGAGCAAUUCCAGUUAUGUGCACUGGUUAUUAAUGAUGAGUGCUAUCAGGUGCGACAGAUCUUUGCUCAGAAGUUGCACAAAGCGUUGGUGAAGCUGCAGCUUCCACUUGAGUAUAUGGCUAUCUUUGCCCUGUGUGCCAAGGACCCAGUAAAAGAAAGACGAGCUCAUGCAAGACAGUGCUUACUUAAGAACAUUAGCAUACGACGGGAAUAUAUAAAGCAGAAUCCAGUAUCAAGCGAGAAGCUGUUAUCCUUGCUGCCUGAAUAUGUUGUACCAUACAUGAUUCAUCUCCUGGCUCAUGACCCAGAUUUUACAAAACCUCAGGAUAUUGACCAACUACGUGAUAUCAAAGAGUGCCUUUGGUUUAUGCUUGAAGUUUUAAUGGCUAAGAAUGAAAAUAACAGUCAUAUGUUCAUGAAGAAAAUGUCCGAAAGCAUUAAACAAACUCGAGAUGCUCAGGCACCAGAUGAUCCAAAGGCUAACGAAAAAUUAUAUACGGUCUGUGAUGUGGCUCUAUGCGUUAUGAACAGCAAAAUCACAACAAUGCAUCUAGAAUCUCCAAAGGAACCAAUGUUGCCAGCUAGAUUUUUUACUCCACCUGAUAAGGAACUUGUCAAUGAUAAGAGCUGCAUAUCUGAGGAGACAAGGGUUCAUCUACUAACGGGAAAGCCAAAGCCAACCUCAGUUCUUGGUGCUCUAAACAAGCCUCUAUCAGCUACUGGCAGACGGCCUUACCACAGAAAUACCGGAUCUGACGGUGGAAGUAACAUCAGCAUUAUUUCUGAAUCUGACGCUGUACGGCAAAGGGUUGAGAGUUCUGAGGUGUCUGAAACUGGGGUCAGUGAAAAUGAAGAAAAUCCGGUCCGAAUUUCUGUAACUCCAGUUAAAGUGGAUUCUGUUAAGACCAAGGAGGUAAAUUCAGAUCCAUCUACAACACCUAAUCUUGGUUCAGAGCGAGGAAAAAAAAGGUCAGCGCCAUCACCUGGUGCAGAAAAUAUUCAGAAGGAUUCAGAAGAGAAGAAACCAGAUGAUGUAAUCCAAGCACCUCCACCAAAGCCUAGAAGGGGGAGACCUCCAAAGUCUGCAUCUCAGGGUAGCGCAGCAAAAAAUGAUGACCCAAGCAAGCCAUCAGGGAGAGGGCGCAAGAGAGCAUCAGCCAAUCAAGAUAGCCCAACAGGAAAUGAGGUGGGCAACGCAAAAGUACCAAAACACGAUCAAGCAGCCAAAAAGACAGCACAAAGGCAGAUGGAUUUGCAAAGCAGCAUGAACCUGGGCAGUGAAGGAGAUUCUCUUUUGGAGUUAGAUUCCAGUUCGGGAGAGGUUUCUAAUGGUGCAGAUCUAAUUAGUGCAAUCUCAAGCAGCCAGGAAUCGGAAGAAACUCAGCUAGAGAUGACAGGUUACUUACAGGUAAAACGAAAAGUGCCGCACAAGAGAAGGAAAUGAGCGUCUAUCAGCAGGCAUGCUCCACCCUUCAAGACUUAUUCCAUUUUUCUAUUCAGAAGAUGAACUUGCUCAAACAUCAAAAACUUUUUACUUUUAUCAAAAAUAUAUAAAAUGAAAAAAAAAUUGAAGUCACCUGCAAAAAAACUUUGUUUUCACACUUACCAAAUUCUUCGAGACACGGUUUCAUUUCCAUGUAAUAAAAUUACACUCUGGUUGUAUGGAGCAAAGAACAGGACUACCCACAUUACAAGCCAUGUUUAGUGGGGCUCCUUGGUUACAAGACUGUACUGUUUUUUUUUUUUGUUUUUGUUUUUUUUUGUAAAUCUCUGACAGAGGUUACCGUUCCAGGAUGAGAUUCUACAACCAUCUUUCUUGGGUCUCAUUUUUCCAUGCACAUAGACUCCUACUUGGCAGAUUUUUAAUUAUAUUCUGCUGGUGUACAUAGAGACAUGGCUACGGCCAGGGACAAGGGAAAAAAAGCUUGUUGAAGGAAUGUUGCAUUCAUUUAUUGGUUUUUGUCUUAUGUAAAAUUGUGCUGCAAGUCUACUUUUUAAAUAGAAUUAAUUGUACAGUUUUUUCUAACUCCAUACUAUGAAAAUUAUCAAUCUUUUGUGUUUUCAUUCUAUUCCUCUGCACCGAUGGGGAGUAAAAUUACUUUGGUUCCAAAAGCAACAUUUCACAGAGCAACACUUAUCUAUUUCCUUCUGAGUUAAUAUAAUAUGGGAUAUGUGUACAUAUUUUUGUUUGUUUUUCUGUUUUUUUUUCCAUAUAUCACUAUCAUAAAGUCAUUUUACUCAAACACGUUUGAAUACUGUACUGGAUAGCAAGACAGUCCAGCAUUUGAUUUUAUAACGUUGGUUGACAGAUUUUUAAUGUAAAAAAUAAAAACUUUUUUUUCCCAGAAAUAGUAAAUUUAGGCAGCUUUAUAAAGAAAAUUCAGAAAUGCAGAUGCUUCGAUUUUUAGAGGUUUUGCUGUUCUAAAGUUCAUGUCUCAUCUUGAAAUAUUUUUAUUUUAGGUAAAUAGGUGUGCACUCAGCAUUUUGUCAGUGAAGUAGUGGACACUUAAAAGUGUAUGCCCAGUGCUGCCUAUGCACCUUGUAUGUACACAUGGUCAUAUUUAAGUUUUGUUGCCUAAAAUAAAUGCUUCUAGGUGUCA